UCUUCAAAAGGACACUGCAGACGGCAGUACUCCAUUCACUGGGUGAAAAUUUAAGCAAGCUUGCUGUGGACACAUCCGCAUUUGCCUCUGCCAUUUCAUUUUUCACUUGCUCUCUUUCUCUCCCUAUUUCCACUCUUUGCCUCUGUGUCUCAAGGUUUUUGCAUCUUCCACUGCCAUGGCUACUCUAGCUUUAGCAGCUCUCUUGUUGACCUUGAUUGGCGGAUCAGAGAAUGCUUGGUGUGUUUGUAAACCUGAAAUAGGGGAUGCUGCUCUCCAGAAGACACUGGAUUAUGCUUGUGGAGCAGGGGCUGAUUGCAACCCCAUUCUCCAAAAUGGAGCUUGUUAUAGCCCCAACACCGUGAGGGGUCAUUGCUCUUAUGCUACCAACAGCUACUACCAAAGAAAGGGGCAGGCUCAGGGGGCUUGUGAUUUCUCAGGCACUGCCACUCUUACAACAACAGAUCCAAGUUACAGUAGCUGCAAUUACCCAGCAACUCAAAGUGCUGCAGGCUCAAGUUCUACACCAUCAACAAGCACCCCCACCCCCUUCACUCCAACUGGGGGACUGGGUGGCUUGGGGCCUUCAACUGGUCUUUCCAGUGACUCCAACCAUGGUGUUGUGCACCUAAAGCCAGGCAUGGCUGCCCUCUUAUUCGCUGCCACUGGAACAUGCAUUACUUUGUUGCGUUGAGCAAAAUUGUAAUGCCAAUAUUUUGGGAGCUCAUCAUCACUGUGCUAAUGUUUAUGUGAUGAUGCUGCUGUAGUUAUAUGCACUGAUACAGUGACAUUUCUAAUCAACUAGUGGCGAGCAGAAUUGAUUCCA